CCUCUUUACCGGAGGCAUUUUCAUCGCAUCCGGAGCCAAUUGCUGACUCGUCCCGCAUUCUGCUGCCAAUAAAUAAAUAAACACUAUGGGUUUUGAGAGGAAGGGCAGCUCCAAGGUGGAGUACCUCCUGAAGAUCGAGCGUGAGAUACAGCUGAACUGGGAAACUCAGAAGGUCUAUGAAGAGGAUGCACCCACUGCGCCUAGACACUCCAGGGAUGACAAGUUCUUCGCAACUUUUCCCUUUCCUUACAUGAAUGGACGACUACAUCUUGGCCACACUUUUUCUUUAUCCAAGUGCGAGUUCGCAGUGCGUUAUAAUCGGCUGCUGGGUAAAAAAGUGCUGUUCCCGUUUGGUUUUCACUGCACGGGGAUGCCGAUCAAGGCGUGUGCAGACAAAUUGACACGCGAGAUAGAGCUGUACGGUAAUCCCCCAAAGUUUCCCCACGACGCCUCUUCGGAUGAUCAAGAGAUUCCGGAUGAUCCAAUAAUAAAAGAUAAAUCAAAAAGUAAAAAGAGUAAAGCAGUGGCGAAGUCGGGUGCAGCCAAAUACCAAUGGCAGAUAAUGGAGUCCCUGGGACUGGACGCAUCGGAAAUCUAUAAAUUUUGUUCCCCCGCUUACUGGCUCGAGUAUUUCCCACCAUUGGCGGUGAAAGAUCUCAAGUCAAUCGGUCUGCACAUCGACUGGCGUCGAACAUUCAUCACGACUGAUGCUAAUCCAUUCUUCGAUUCCUUUGUCAAGUGGCAGUUUCGUCACUUAAAAUCUCGAAAUAAAGUUAAAUACGGUAAACGCCACACGAUAUUCUCUCCCAAAGACAAUCAACCAUGUAUGGAUCAUGACAGAUCCUCGGGGGAGGGUGUCGGACCCCAGGAGUACAUCUUAAUAAAAAUGCAAGUGCUGGAGCCUUUUCCCCCUUAUCUUGCCGCCCUGAAAUCUCGAAAGGUCUUCCUGGUGGCAGCGACACUUCGCCCGGAGACCAUGUACGGACAAACCAACUGCUGGGUCCACCCAGACAUCCCCUACAUAGCCUACACUCUGACCAACGACGAGGUCUUCAUCUCGACUCGUCGAUCGGCUCGAAACCUCAGUUAUCAGGGCUUCACCAAGACUGAAGGCCAGCUAGACGUGCUGGCGGAGUUCAAGGGCCAGGACAUCAUGGGUCUCGCCCUUAAAGCUCCACUCACCAAACACCAGGUCAUCUACACUCUGCCAAUGUUGACCAUCAGCGAGGACAAGGGUACGGGAAUCGUUACCUCAGUCCCCAGUGACUCUCCAGAUGACUAUGCUGCGCUCAUGGAUCUCAAGAAAAAGCAACCUCUCAGGGAGAAGUACGGGAUCAAAGACGAAAUGGUUCUGCCUUACGAUCCCAUUCCUGUCCUCAACAUCCCCGAAUUCGGUGACCUCUCCGCAGUCACUGUCUACAAUCAGUUGAAAAUUCAAUCCCAAAACGACAAAAUCAAGCUUCGAGAAGCCAAGGAGAUGGUAUACCUCAAGGGUUUCUACGACGGAAUCCUCCUCGUCGGUGAGCACAAGGGGAAGAAAAUCCAGGAUGUGAAGAAGCUCAUUCAGGGAAAGAUUAUCGAGGAGGGAGGAGGGAUUAUUUACUAUGAACCUGAAAAGACAGUUAUCUCCAGAUCGAAUGACGAGUGUGUGGUGGCUCUUUGCAAUCAGUGGUAUCUCAAUUAUGGGGAACAUUCGUGGAGGAAGGAGGCGGAGAAGAGCCUCGCCAGUCUUGAGACCUUCCACGAGGAAGCGAGGAGAGGCUUUCAGGCGACUCUCGAUUGGCUUCAUGAUCAUGCGUGCUCCAGGACUUAUGGACUGGGUACCAGACUCCCCUGGGACGACGCCUGGCUCAUCGAGUCCCUCUCAGACUCUACUAUUUAUAUGGCUUAUUAUACAAUUGCUCAUCUCCUUCAGGGAGGGACCUUCAAGGGAAAUAAGGAGAAUGCUCUGGGGGUGAGACCUGAGGAUAUGACCCCUGAAGUCUGGGACUACGUCUUCUUCGGGGUGCCCAAACCCAAAACGACCAAGAUCAAGGCAGAAGCCCUGGAGAGGAUGAGGAGAGAGUUUCUUUAUUGGUACCCCGUGGAUGUCAGGGUCUCUGGGAAAGACCUCAUCCCCAAUCAUCUGACCUACUUCAUUUAUAAUCACACUGCCAUUUGGCCGGAUCAACCAGAACUCUGGCCCAGAGCCAUCAGGGCCAAUGGACAUCUUAUGUUGAAUUCUGCCAAGAUGUCAAAGUCUGAUGGCAACUUUCUGACACUUUCUGAAGCUGUUAGCAAGUUCUCAGCUGAUGGCAUGAGACUUUGUCUCGCUGAUGCUGGGGAUUCCCUCGAGGAUGCCAAUUUUGUGGAGACUAUGGCUGACGCUGGGAUUCUCAGGCUCUACACGUUCAUUGAGUGGGUUAAGGAGGUGUCUGAGAGUACAAAGAACUUCAGGAGCGGCGAGGCUAAUACUUUCAAUGAUAAAGUUUUCGUCAGUGAAAUGAAUCUCAAGAUCAGGGAGACUGGAGAGAAUUAUAGGAGAAUGGUGUUCAAGGAGGCUCUGAGGACUGGGUUUUUUGAGCUGCAGGCUGCCAGGGAUAGGUAUUUGCUGUUAGGGGCCAUUGAUGGAGUGCACGGGGGACUCCUUAAGAAGUAUAUCGAAGUGCAGACUGUUUUGCUUGCACCUAUUUGCCCUCAUGUUUGUGAGUUUGUCAGGGGUAUCAUCGGACUUGGCAGUGUCCUGGAUGCCAGGUGGCCCGAGGAAGGCGUCGUUGAUGAGGUGCUUAUCAAGUCGUCUCAGUACUUAAUGGAUGCGGCACACUCAUUCAGGAUCUUCCUGAAGAACCAUUGCACUGUGAAAAAGUCAGGAAAAGGGAAGCCCGAGGCAAUUGAGAAACCGAAUAUUGGGACCAUUUGGGUGGCGAAGUCGUUCCCCACAUGGCAGAGUAUCAUAUUAAUGACAAUGAAGGAGCUCUGGAAGGAGAAUGGAAAGUCAAUGCCAGAUAACAAGGUGAUUGCAGUCGAGCUCGGAAAAAAGAAGGAAUUGAAAAAGUACAUGAAGAGGACGAUGCCCUUCGUCCAGGCGACACGAGAGAAGAUGGAGACUCUGGGAAUUGCUGCGCUCAAUCUCACCCUGGACUUCGACGAGGUUGAGGUACUCCAGGGCAACUUGGAGUACCUUAAGAGCACCCUGGACCUUGACAAUCUGGAAAUCAAGUUCACGGAUGAAGCCCCUGAGAAGACGAGGGAGGAGUGUUGUCCUGGAGCACCAUACAUCAGUUUUGACAGCACUUCAGGGAUCGUUGUCACUGCUGUCAAUCCCCAGAAGUGCAGUGGAUUGUUCAGUAUGCUUGUGAAAAUUUCAGAAGGAACCACUGGAGCUGAUAUUGCUAGGAAAAUCGUCAAGGAUAACCGGCAACUCAAAGAUUCAUCCUCAAUAUUCCUUUACCGUUUCGAGGAUCCAAUUCUCGGACCGAGGACAAUACCCUCAAGCCAAGACAUCUUGAAAGGAACGGUUGAAAUCCCCUCAAACGCAGUAUUCUCCAUAAAUACUGACACCAACGUUGUCACCCUGAAAGUAGGAGAUUCCUCCUGCGAGAUUGGAAGUGAAAUACUGUAUUACGUUAAAGAUGAUAUAAACUGAUUGAUAUCGCCGUUCCAUUUCUUUGUAAUUAAUAUUUAACUCCACUAACCUACAGCAAUAAAAAUUAUUAUCUUGUCAACGAGCAGAGUAGAAAAUAAUACGGUAAAAUAGGCACUAGUCUUUUUUAUCAAAAGGCUAUUAUUUGGAGUCGGGUUAAGGCUCCGAUGGAAUAUCUCGUAAAGAUAAUUUACUCCGAAAUUCACUUUUCUAAUUUCUCCGAUAAUUAAUUGUUUUUUUUUUCAGGAAAA